UGAUUGGUCGACCGGUUGCUAUGGUGAUUGGUGAGGGUAGCCGGAGCGUCUGGAACUGCGGUAGAGGGGGAGGGGGAGUGCAAACCUGUUGUCAACGUAUUGACCCAGAGUGAGUGGAAAUGGCUGCCAAGACCUCUGCCUAUAAAAAGACAUCUUUGAGUACAACAGUACAAAGGAAGAAACCUGGACCAAAACCAGAAAUCACUGAAGAACAAAAACAGGAAAUACGAGAAGCAUUUGACCUAUUUGACACAGACGGUGCUGGAUCUAUUGAUGCCAAAGAGUUAAAGGUUGCAAUGAGAGCUUUGGGAUUUGAACCCAAGAAAGAAGAAAUAAAGAAAAUGAUUGCAGAAAUUGAUAAGGAAGGCACUGGGAAAAUCGACUUUAAUGAAUUUUUGGCAGUCAUCACACACAAAAUGGCUGAGAAAGAUACAAAGGAGGAAAUUUUGAAAGCCUUUAGACUGUUUGAUGAUGAUGAAACUGGGCGAAUCUCAUUCAAAAAUCUGAAACGUGUAGCAAAAGAACUUGGAGAAAACCUCACGGAUGAAGAAUUGCAGGAAAUGAUUGAUGAAGCAGAUCGAGACGGAGAUGGGGAAGUCAAUGAACAAGAGUUCCUCCGAAUCAUGAAGAAGACCAGUUUAUAUUAAUACACUGUUUAUCGCAUGUUGCUUGUGUUUCUUUCUUUUACUCUGAUACCUGCUUACUGAACAACAGGACAGUGGAUAAAGGCAACCUUAACCUGAUGAUGAUAAUGGAAGAGAAGAUUGAAUGGCUGUCCAUUGCGGACAAGAGGAGGAAGCUGGUUACUUCACUAAGUUGUAUUUUACCUUCUUUAUUAACCAUUAUGUUUAUAGGAUUGGGACAUAGAAGUGAUCUUAAAAAGAUGUAUGUCAUUCUUAUUUUUAUGUCUGUAAACAUGGUAUCUUAAUUUUUUUUUUGCAAAGCAAUUUUAACUUCUCCAUGACUUCAUUCACUAUGAAGAAGUCUGUUUGUAUUGUUCAGCCUAUGAGCAUGUUUAGUAUGUUUUACAUUUUCAGUGAACUAGUUUAGAUUCCUAGUUCUACUCAAGUUAUAUAAAGAAAUUGAGAGCAUGAAGUUGGAAUAAAGACAGCUCCUACUAAGUGGGAGCUGUGCAACAACUUCUUUAGAAUAAAAAUUUAGAUUAUGGAUUUCGUAAAUCAAGUUGGAUUAAAUUUACUGAAAGUCAUCAACUCUGUCAAAGAAUCUUAGGUUUUCGGUACACAGGCAAGUUGCUGUGAUAUGAUUGAAUGGCUAAACAAUGAGGCUAAAGGGAUAAUUUUCAACCCUAAGAUAAGUGGAUUUGGAUCAGGUGAGAAGUUAUAAAUUGAAAAUUUUCAAACACAACCAAUUUAUUGAGAAUUCAUUCAGUUCUGAUUUUAGUGGAAGCAGGAUGUGACAAAGGAAGAAGGUUUUUAGGUGGCUUGUGCCUUUUUUAAACCAAUGUUUGGGGCCUCGAAAACGCAGGGAGACAUAAGUAGAUUAGCAGGGUAGAUUCAUAAGGUAAAUACACUAACAGCAUGUUUGUUCUGCCUGGAGGUGUAGAGAAGUUUACCUGCUUUAAACUCCAUUAUUAAUUCAUUCCAGUACCUAUACUCACCUCUGCUCAUAUACACCCCUCACCACGCAUAGAUGCCCAAUACAUACUGUACAUACAAACACACUGACCACUACCUCUGCCUCCCUGUUACUAGUGUGGAAUUACCCACUUAGCAACCAGCCAAUCUGUCAAUUUUGAAAAUCCAGAAACUAUUGCUUGAAGGGGUUAAAAUGGAUGGGAGGUGUAGGUACCCUAAGAAAGGCCUAUUUUGCAUGUUCCAUCAUCCCCUCUCUCCAGAAACAGGGGACAUCUGACUUGGCUUUUCAGCUGCCAUAUGAAUCAAUAGGUAGACCUCUGCAACUAAUAACAACUAAUCAUUCAAAUAUCUGAUUCUGGUUUGGAUGAAUGUGGACAUAUAUUCCAUGUUACAUUGUAGAGUUAAGAAACCUUUUGACAUUGCUCUGCAUUGGGUGAAUUAGACAUCUACAUUCUCUUUGCCAUUGUGGACAGUACAUCACACUAUUGUUGCUAUGUCAAGCAAUCUUGCUUUCAUUGCUGGUUCCAGUCUCUGCAUCUUUGAACUAUGGAUGAAAGUUCAGGGGGAACAUACUCUCUUAACAGUCCCUGCCAUGACUAUCUAUCCUAGUUCAUUUGCAUCAUGAGAAUGACUAGGUCAUGUACAUUUAUGUAAAUGGUCUUGUUGAAAUACUGGGAUCAGCAUUAUUAGUCUUAAUCUGUUUCAGUUCUCUUGCUUAAAGUUUUCUACUCUGGCAGAGAAACAGAACCUUGUAACUGAUGUGAGGGAUUCUCAAUAGUACGUACAGUCGAUGUAUGUACUGAAGGUGAAAAUCCAGGUUCAAUGAAUAGGAAUGGCAUGCCUUUGGGAAAAUUGGUAGAAUGUAAUUUCAGGGAGAAUGGAUCAGAUGGGGUGUGACUUGGGGUUCCUUGCAUUAAUAAUAGAGAGGAAUGAACAACUGAAGAUGAAUAGAGUGGUGUCAAACCAGUUCACCAAGCAAUGGAAGUGAUGUGAUGAGGAAUACUCUAAAUGGAGUAGGAUUGAUGAAAGUUAAAGAGAGUGCCUUGCAGGACUUGAAUAAAUAUUGCUGCCUGCUGACUUAAGAUUUCAUGAACCAGGUCCAGCACAGAUUCCACAGCUCAUCAUAGCCCUCCUGUUACUUGAGAGGUGGCAGAUGACAAAUCCUUUCAUUGACUUUUGCCAUUAUUCUUUUCCUAGGAAUCCUCAAAAAUUCAGCCUCUUUCAGUGGCACGUCGAGCCUUCAAGUACUUGAAAUACUUUGUGCGAUUCAGUGUCAACCUGUGCUUCCCCGCUGUGUCUCCAAUCCUAAAUGCUUGAUUUCCAUUUCUCAGUGGAUAUUGGGUCCAUAAGUACAGUUUUCUCCGAAGCUUCUGUGGGUAGCAUCAGUUACAGUAUUGCAAUUUAUGGGAACCGAUAGUAAUUUUGAUAAACUCAGUCGUGAAAACUAGUUUCUUUUACCAUUUUUACUUGGGCCAUGAAUCCCUACAUUUAAUCAGGAUGUAUUAACAUUGUCAUUUGGAGUGUUAUUUAAAUGGCUUUCUCUGAAGUCCAAACCUGAGUAUAAUGUCUUUAAUUCAACUGAAUACUUUGCAACAUAAAAAGAAAGGCUUGAAAUUUGAGGGUUUGUCUGGAUGUGAAAACUAUUUCUGUUGGGCUGGCAACACUAAGAACUAAUUUAUGUUUAAAAAUUACUUUUCACAACUGCACAAAAUUCCAAAAUAUUUUGAAAUCAAUUAAGUAUUUUCGAGGAGUAGUUACUGUGGUAAUGUAGAAACCUAAUCCUACUUAAGGUAAAGUGCAUCAUCCGAAUCAAUCGAGCUUGAUGUUAUUAAUUAAGGUCUGUCACAUAAACUGUCAAUUGGCCAGGCUUAUCAAAGUGGAAACAUUCAAUUUGUGUUGAGGUUCAUGAAAAGCAUCUCCAAACUCCUUAUUAACCAAUUAAUUUCCAUUUAUGCUUUGAAUCCUGAACCAAUAGGAGCUUGAAAAGUUGAAAUCUGUUUUCUUACAAGCUUAGUUUUCAUUCUUCAAGUGAAUCACCACCCAAUUCUCAUUUAAUUUUUUUAAGAUUCAUGAAUGUCUUCCCUGGUUGAUGCGAUUACCCUAUCUUAUUAAUAUUCAAAUGGAGUAGUCAUAAAAAUCCUGUGGAUUUAAAUUAAUGUCUAGCAAUCAGUGCCAAAAUGAUAGCUGCUGUUCCAUCAUUGAUCCAUUGAAAUGAAGUUUCAGUUUGUUGAUUUAUAUGGGUGAUGCUGUAUGAUCAAGAAGAGUUACACAAGCAUUAUUUGAGCCUAAUUGUGGCACAGUAGUAGUGUUCCUAUCCCUGGACUGAGAGGCCCAGGUUCAAGUCUCACCUGUUCCAGAAGUGUAUAUUGACAUCUUUGGACAGGUUGAUUAGAAAAUAGGUUUUAAAUAUAAAUCUUUCAAAAUCCCUCUUGUGGUGCAGUGGUAGUGCCCUUAUCCCGUGACCUCAAGACCCACCUGCUGCAGAGGUGUGUAACAGCAUCUCUGAAAAGGUUGAUAAGAAAAAUAGUUAAAUGAAGGAAAAAAAUCAAAAGCAUUAUUUGGUCCCUCUGUGUCACAGUUGUAGUGUUCUUACCCCUGGAUCGGAAGGCCCAGGUUCGAGGUCCACCUCCUCCAGAGGUGGGUAACUUCAUCACUGAACAGAUUGAUUAGAAAAAUAGGUUAAUUUUUUUAAAAAAGCAUUAUACUCCAUACUAUUGUUUUGGUAACCACUGCAAUGAAUAGUAUUUUGAAACUGCUUUCUUUCAAGCUGGUUAAACUUAAUAUUCAACUCCUACUCCCACACUUUAUUUUAGAUUAACUAUGAAUGUAGAUGUUGAGUGCCUGGUAGAGACUGCCAACUUGUGCACAGUUAAAGACAUGUUUGUGGAAGCUAUUAGUUCCUUGGCCACCUUAUUUUGUUCCACUUGCAGGUGUUUUUUUUUGGUGCAAAUUUAUAUUCCAUGCACCUGCUUGGGUUUUCUGAUGGCCUUAUCUGCUUAAAGAACCAAGUGUCUGGUUGAGACUGAUCUUGAAUGUACUGUAGUGAAUAACAUCACCAAAGCAAGAUUUAUUGUGCAAAAGUGCAAAAUGUUUUAAAGUGUCAUAUCUGAAGCAUGUUUCUACUAUUGGAUUAUGGCAAUUCUACUGGAGGCUGAACUUCAUUCAAAGAAUAGAAACUAUAGGAAAUUUUCUACUGCACCAUGGUAGCAAUUACAACUUGUAUUAGAUGUCAUCAUUUUAAUUUGUAAAUUCCAAUUCAUUGGACUUUUAUUUAAGGAUAUAGAAUUUAGACUUUUUUUUGUUUCCCUUUUCUCCCUACAAUAUUUUGAUAAAAGAUUCUGCAUGUAGGUUUGCUCGCAGAGUUGGAAGGUUCAUGUUCAGACGUUUCGUCACCAUACUGGGUAACAUCUUCAGUGAACCUCUGAACGAAGUAUUGCUGAUGAUUCCCGCUGUCCAUUUAUAUGUUUUGGUUUCUUUGGGUUUGCGAUGUCAUUUCCUAUGGUGAUGUAAUUUCCUGUUCUUUUUCUCAGGGAUGGUAAAUCGGUCCAAGUCAACAUGUUUGUUGAUAGAGUUCCGGUUGGAAUGCCAUGCUUCUGGAAUUCUCGUGCAUGUCUCUGCUUGGCUUGGAUGGAUGUGCUGUCCCAGUCGAAGUGGUGUCCUUCCUCUUCUGAAUGUAAGGGUAUUAUUGAAAGAGGGUCAUGUUUUGUGGCGAGUUGAUGUUCAUGUCUCCUGGUAGCUAGUUUUCUGCCUGUUUGUCCAAUGUAGUGUUUGUUACAGUCCUUGCAUGAUAUUUUGUAAACGACAUUAGAUUUUCU